AUGGUGUCAACACCCAGCUCCUCAACCAAGAGCUCCCGCUUAUCACUGACCCCAAUUCCAUGUUCACCGGAAACGGUACCUUCUAGCUCGAUUGCCAGUUUCGACAUCUCGUUUAUCAGCUCGUGGGCCACUUUUUUUUGCUCAGGAUCAAAGAUCACUAGAACAUGUAGAUUACCGUCACCCGCGUGUCCUGCUGCCGUAGCCAGCAAAUCUGCCGCUUCUAGUUUGGUCAUAGUCCGUGUAAUCAGCUCCGGAAGUCUCGAAACAGGAACACAGACGUCGGUGGGAAGAAUGGUGGCAUUUGGCUUGACUUUCCUAGCCCAUUGCAACGAGUUCCACAGCAACGUUUUCCGCACAGUCCAGAUCCGCUCUUUGUCCUCUUCGUCACUAGCAAUACCGAUAUUGAAUCCAUGGUUCUUUUUGGCAACGCUGUUGAUCGAUGCCACCAGCUCCUUAAGAGACUCCUUACUAGUUGCACCAACCUUGAGUAAGAGCAUAUGGUCAGGAGCCCAAUCGUCGCUUGAGCCAGCUCCCAUCUCACAAACUGCACGCAUCUGUUUGUCGUCCAUGAACUCCACCGCAUUGCAGCUGAUUCCCAUUCUAAACAGAUCGGUCACCGUUUUGGUGGCAUUCCCAAUUUCUUUAAAAUUGAUGGUUGCAAUAACCUCAUUUUGCGGCUUGAAAUGA